AUGGCUGGGUGUGUCUGCCUGUGCUCAUCCUGCUGCAUCUCAGCUGGCUUCUGUGGUCUGGUGGUCUGGUCUGGUUUGGAUUUAGCGAUGGCGGACCCUCUGCCGUCCACCAGACCAUGCCCUUCCUCUUCCGCCACCAAGGUAAGUUCUGAUUGGAUUUCGGAAUUGCUCGCAUGGGAGCCAAAUUUCUCAUUGAUGCCCGAGCUCAGGUGGCGCAACGCUAUCUUCUGGGCUACCGGCCCAGGACAAAAGAACUCUUACGGCGGACUUGCCUGUGCGAGGGCCCGAUCACCACCAAUUUUCGUGACAGGCUGGGUAGGCCCAUCCCGUCAGGAGGAUUGUGCGACCUGA